GAGAGAGAGAGAGAUCCUCUGAAUUAAUGUCAUAGAGUUCGUUAUUCUAAAGGACCAACCUUGUUGUUAGCCAAGUUGUUAGUCAAGAGUUACUGGUCUUAUAAUUGUUGUUGUCGUUACCAUCAUCCUCGGCGGCAACUUGUCGUGGUGAAAGAGUGAAUUCCUGCAAGACUCGUGGUGGCGCAUUUCCUGCCACUCGAGGGAUGUAAGUCUCCAAAUAUAGCAUUGGUUACGUGUGGUAUGUGAGUCACGUGUGUCAUAUGUUUUGUUUUGCUUAUGACGUGAGGUGACGUCAAAAAAAAAGGGCUGUUGGUGUCCCGGAUGCCGUGGGUGAGGCGCCGCCCGUCCAAAGCAACCAAGCAAUGCAGCGUAGGCAAUGGUGCGCGACGAAACCCCCUUCCCCCGCGGCCGGGGUUCACUGAGCCUGAUGACUUAGAAACAAGACAGCAUUUGCCCUGCGCUGACGACGCUAAAGUAGAGAGCAUAACUUUGUACUCUUCCCAGCUGGCGCGAUUCAUUUGUCUCCUUGGGAACGUAGCCUCUUAUUAGCAGUAAUUGAACGAUAUUGCCCCGCUGUUUUUUCGCCUUGUGGCCCACCACGCUCGUGGGAUAGUGUGUUUCGCCGAGUCUCGCUCUCCCAAAUAAAGCGGCAUCCGCUUGCAAGCGUAUAGCAGUAGAUUGUGUGAUUACGGGUGUUUCGUGAUUGAGGCUCGGCAGAGACGUGAGAACCAACAGCAGUGGGCGGCUGAGUGAAACUGCUGGACGGCUGAGAGGAUGGGCGGCGGGCGGCAGACGGCAAUGGCAUGCAAGGACUGCGGAGGAAUGGGAACUACAAACGGUGUCAGGUGGCAGGUGGUGAGGGCGCCAUGGCCGGGCCGCCGCCCCUCCUGAACGCCGGUGUGGACGUGGCCUCCACUCCACCCCGCUUCACGAAUUUCCUGCCCUCUGCCCCAGAACCGCUCCUCCACUACAGCUUUCCAUCCGAGGCAGACACGCUGGCCUACGUUGACGCCCUUAAACAUUCUGACCUCAGUGACUGGAGGUCGCUGCAGGAGGUAGCGGCGCGGGCAGGGGCUGGGUCAUGCUCGGGCGCAGUCACCACCUCGGUUCUGACGGCGCUGUAUCUGCUGGGUCUCUUCAAUCUGUGCGUCGCGUCACCUGCCUCCUGCUGCGUCCCUCCUGCCUCGGGCCGACGCCGUCGUCGCAGCUCCGUUGACGCCACACUCCCGCCGCUACUCAACAACCUGCAGUACAACCUCUCUAGCCUCUCCCUGGAACAGUUCCGCGCCCUGCCGCAUGUCACCACUCCUGACGGUGGCCGCGUUCCCCUCCACAUAUCAGUAGUCGAGCAGGUACGUAAGCUGUGGGACUCCAAUCCUCGCCUGCUGUCAUCCGUGUCGUGCUCAUCGGCCACUGAGUCAGUUCGCUCAUCUUUCAUCUCCCUGAGCGGCGUGGCGUCCGGCAUCAUUCUGGCGUACAGCGUGGCGCAGCUCAACCAGUGCUAUCCUGACCACACUCCCCACCCAAACAACCCUCCCAAGAUAUGGUUUUUUCCUAUUCCCAAGGCGGCCACCCAGCCACGGUUCCCCGUCCCCAUGAUCCCGAUGGACAUUCCCGUCUCAGGCGAUGACGAGGAGGAAGACGGUUGCCCAAGGGAUGAAGUGCCGCUGGGAAUGGACCGAUGUGCCCCGCUCCUCUCUUCCAACCCGUGUCCUUACCGCCACUGGGUCCUUCUCAACAGCGACACACGCACGGGAGAGUGUGUUCCACGUUUGUGUGCCGACAAUUACGUGUAUGUGGAGACUGAUCAGCUGUGUCAUGACGUGAACGAGCCGGGCAUAUGUCCCGGCAACAGGCGCCUCUACCUCACCGCCUAUGGCACUGCAGUUUGCGAUUGUCCUGAAGGUAUGUUCCCGGGACCCAACGAUUCCUGUUACUUCCUGUAUGAGAAGGCCUACUGCAACCGCGGGUUUGUCCUGCAGUUUGACCGCAACUCCAAGACUCUCACCUGCAGGCCUGACCCUUGCAGCCAUGUCAACAGUCAGCUCUGGCCUAACGACCUGCCCUACGCCCCUCGCCCCAAGGAUGGCUUCUGCUACCAGUUUAACGAGCAAGGACCGUGCAAGGCUGGGCAAAGAUUUGGCUAUGACACGGACAAGCUGGAAGCCACCUGCGUCUCCCUUAUGGAAGCUGGCCUCGCUCGACCACGCAGGUCUUUCCAGUAUCAACAAAUGUCGUUCCCUGCCACCCAGGAUCGCCAGUACCAUCACUAUCAGGUAUCGUAUAUAAUCAUGAACGGCACGACCUGGGAUCUUGAGGUGAAGGGAAUCAAGAGGACCAAGAGAGACGUAGCCGAACCCCAGCAAGGGACACCGCACCUCUCUUCUGGCCAUCUUGUAGUGCCCUUCAUUGACACAAGAAGUUUUCCACGAAACGUCCAUCCUUCUCAGCGGCCCCGGUCCUUGCGAUGGGCUAGCCGCAGACACACGUGGAGGGGCAAUAAUCACCCCAGACGAGUCCAUGCCAUUAGACACCAGAGAGGCGCAGCAAGGACCCUUGCAAUGGAAGGUCAGGCAUCACACCACGUCAGGAGAAAAGUUUUUAAUCGAGCAAGAUUGAAAAGCAGAAGAAUGAAUAGCGGACCACUUCGUCAAAGUCGAGAGACGACCUUCGAUUCAGAAUUCCAUCGUGACUUCCGCAGCAUUGUCAAGAUCAAUCAUCCUCCGGCGGCGCUACCUGUCGUGGUGCCACAGACGCCGGCUCUCCCAGCAGCUGCUCGCCCUGUCCGGAAGGUUAACCUUAGAAGUGGCGGCAGAGCGGCUCGACAGAACUCUAGGCGGAGGAAGAGUAAGAAGAGGGGCAAAGGGAGAAGAAAAAAGAAAGGACGGAAGCGCAGAAAGAAGAAGAAAGGACGCAGGCGCGGUCAUAGAAGACGACAAAGAUUGGGUGGCUCCAGAAACUCUACCAGAACAAAAGGGAAAAGGAAGAGAAAACAUCCCCGCCUGCCGUUUCGCGUCCCUACGGUGAUUCCUCCCUUGGCGGUCAACGCCACUUCUGGCGGAGCAAGGGGUGUAGGAGGUACUAACAGCAGUGACGCAGACGGAGAAGAAGAGGAAGCAGAAGACUUGUCAUCCUCAGAGAUGUCAUUGCCCAAGUACUUGCGUCACCGGGGACGGCGACAACUUGGUGAGGGAGGUGGCAUCAUUCAGGCUCCCCUGUUGAGUGCCUGCAAGCCUGGUGCUAAGAGAGACUAUAACUACAAGUGUCGACCCAAAUUCAUCCCUCAGGGACGCGACAGGCGAAGGGUGGGGGGCGUGUCUGUGGGACCCCGCAGACCAACCAUAUCUUGUCCUAAGGGUACCCGGCUUGAUCCCCGAGGCAAGUGUCAGCAGAUCGGAUGAGUCAGCUCCGAACAGUCCCUUCUUGACAGCCACCAUCAACAGCAAAGGAAACCUGCAGACGUGUCUUAAAGAGCGUUGCCUUCAUUCUCGACAAAUAUUUUACCGUCUACGUCGACACACCUUGAGGGCUCUAGGCGCCUGUUAAUAUUCUUCGAGCGAUCUUCUGAGGCGUAUGACCCCCUCCAACAGCGCCCCUUCGACCUCAGCUGUCUUCUUCUACCCCUGGUUUCCUAUCGACGACUCUCAGCGUAGCUGCCAAUACUUGUGGAUUUUCAGUGACGUCUGAAAGUGAAUUUAUUACAGUCUACUGAAAUCUCGCUUUACAACGAAAAAAAAAAAAAAAAUUAAGUAAGGCUCUCUAUUUUUACUAUACACGGCUUGAUAGUUUCUCAAAAAGUUAUAAUAACUUAUAAUUUCAAACAGCUUAUGAGAAUAUCAAGAAACAAUUCAUGAGCUGAUCCCAAACGAAACUAAUCAAUAGCUGUGAUUUGAUUAAGUUAUCCUAAAUCGACACUUUUCAGGGAAGAAGCGAGGUGUACAUAAUGUAUGUAACUACAUGUUUUAAUCAUGGCGACGGCUGCAACAGGGUGUCAUACAUGACAAGUUUGUAUGGUGCGAGCCUGAUUUGUUUGCUUCGUGUACUAGUAUUGUUAAGUUGAUUCUAUAAAGGCUUGUAGUGAGUGGCUGUAGACAGAGCUGUUGGUGUUCCUGCAGAUGAAAAUGAUGUCGCCAGUGAAACUUGUUUGCUGAGGAGGUUGUCAUAGCAACACGUGAGAAGAGACGUAGUGUUCUGUUUCCCAAGGGACCAAUAAAGGAGACAAUGCCACUUCCUGAGUGGUCUCGCUGAAGUCUGCGUCUCCCAUUAGCUUCCAGGUCCCGCGUGCACACCGUGGCCUGUAGAUGUAUUUAGUAAUAGUUCCUUGCUGGCCUUCAGUAAGCCUUUGGGUGUACAUAUCUUUAACAAAAAGGCGAUACUUGGCGGCCAACGUAAUCAUUAGGUGUUUUGUGUGGCGAAGCUCCACCCGCUUGGAACCUUUGUUACUGUGUUGUUGAAUGUCAGAUCAUUAUCAUUAUUAUUAUUAUUAUUAUUAUUAUUAUUAUUAUUAUUAUUAUUAUUAUUAUUAUUAUCAUUAUUAUUAUUAUAAUUAUAAUAAUAAUUAUUUUCAUUAUUAUCAUUAUUAUUAUUAUUAUUAUUAUUAUUAUUAUUAUUAUUACUAUCAUUAUCACUAUAAUUGUUAAUAAUCUGUAACCAAUACCACUACAUAUGCAGCAACAAAUCAUCAACUCUAAGAAUAUUGCAUUUACCACAAUCAACACAACAAAUACCAUCACCAGUAGUAUUGCUCUUACUGCUCAUACUGUCAGUACUUCCAUUGCUAUAACAAUAACAACAGCAACAACAACAACAACAACAACAACAACAACAACAACAACAACAACAACAA